UCUGACAAACCUGGUCCUGACGAUUCAUGGUCUACCUCAUCUAGCGAAGACUUAGAUUUUGGUACCAAGGAAGGAACAUCAAAGUCAGCAAUGGAAGCAAAAGAAGAUGGUGUUGGUAUUAUUGAAAAUGUGCCACCAGAGCAAGCAGUUAAUGACAGUUUGACUUCUGCUGGUGGAGUGCAUAAAAAUUACAGAAGCGAUAUCAUGUCAGCAAUAAAAUUAGGAGAAGAGGAAGAUGUAGAAUCACCUUCUCUUCAUGAGUAUCAAGUUCCAUUAAAAGUUGAAGAAAAAAAGAAGCACAGAGGAAGUGACAUGGAAGUAUCAGAAAACAUACAUGAUGCUGCGGCUGCUGGAUUAAUUCCACAAAGACAGAAUGGAAAAACUGAUAACGAUCAAUUGCCUAUUACAGAAAAUAAAGAUUCUGAUAUGAGGGAACCUGGUUUACAUGUGAAGAAGUUAAAGAAAGGUGAAAAUGAAAAAGGGACAUCAAAAGGAUCUGUGAUCACACCAGUGUUGCAGAAGGCAGAUUCCCUAACUGGUGGUCCACUACAAAAGAAUGAUGGCAGCCAUUUCAGUGAAAAGGAUCAGCAUGAAAGCAGACCUGCAAAGAAAAUUUCUAAGAAAAAGAACAAGGUCAAAAAGCAAAUUACUUCUAUGGAUGAUCUUGUCGACUUCAUUCAGUCAUCUGAAGCAGCUUCAGAGCAUUGUGAGUUGCCUUACUCUAAGAAUUUCAUGUUGCUGAUUGAACAACUUGGCAUGGAUUGUAAAGAUUAUGCUGGCUUCUUAAAAAUCCAAGAUAUACGUGUUUCCUAUGAGAAAUUAAGGAAACUUAACAAAAAUCACUGUAAACUUCUUAUGGGAAAAAUGACAAAAAUGGAAAAAAUGGUUAGUGCACUACAAAACGAGCUACAAGAAACCAAAGACAUGAUAUCACGGUUAGAGCAUCAAAAAGUUGAAUGGGAACGUGAAUUCUGCAGUUUGAGAUGUACCUUAAAACAAGAAGAAGAAGAAGAAGAAAGAAGAAAUGCUGAUAUGUUAUAUGAAAAUAUUAGGGAAAAGUUAAGAAGAAAAGAAGACGAAUAUAAGAAAGAAGUUGAAACAAAACAACAAGUUGAACUCGCUCUUAGAACGCUAAACAUGGAAUUGAAGGCCACCAAAAAUCAGGUAAAUCAGUUUUUGAUAAAAACUGUAUUUCCAUCCAUAUUACAUAGUGUAAUAUUAUACAUAUAUAUUUUAUAGUAUCCCUUUGACUCA